GACAACGCGCCAGGACGUGUUGUGGGGUGCAAGCGCCAACAGGUCGACCGCUUGCAGGAUAUAGAAUCCACAGCCCCGACAGCUGCACAGGCAACAUGAGCCUCCCCUACACGUCAGACAGCGCGCGCUCCGAGUCGGCCGAGUCGGCCGACUCGGCCAGCCGCGACAGCCUCGACGACCUCCCCUUUGCCCAGCCGCUCGCACGCGCCGACUUCCUCUCCCCCACCUUUACGCCAUCAUCCUACCUCUCCACCCUCUCAAGACGGCACCAAACGCUCGAAGACCUGCGGUCGGAACUGCGCUCGCGCAGCCAGCAGCUAAGCGCCGAGCUCCUCGACCUGGUCAACGCAAACUACGCCGACUUCCUGACGCUGGGGCGCAGUCUGCGCGGCGGCGACGAAAAGGUCGAGCGCGUGCAGGUCGCGCUGCUGGCGUUCGCCAAGGAUGUCGCGCUGCUGGAGCGGAUGGUGCGCGCGCGCGAGGACGAGGUGGGGGAGCUGCUGCAGCAGCGCAGGGAUGCAAGACGGGAGAUUGAACUCGGGCGGCGCUUGGUCGAGUUUGAGGAGCGGAUGAGGGAGUGUGAGGAGGGUGUUGCGGUGGCGCGGCAUGGGGGUGGGGGGGACAGCAGCGAUAGCAGCGGUGACAGCGAUGACAGCGAGAGCGAGAGCGAGAGCGAGGAGGGCGUCUCACCGCGGUACGGUGCCGGUGUUGCGCGGCUGCGGAGGAACGUGGUGCUGUACAGGCUGGUCAAGGAGGGCAUACAAGGGCUGGAACAGCAUCCGUUUGUUGCGGCGCAGACGCUGCGCCUGGGAAAGCUGCGCAGCACGCUGCUUCUUGACUUGGGCUCGGCGUUGCGGCAGGCCAGGAGCGCGGGCGCCGCUGCGUCGGGCGCGCUGAUGCAGAUCAUGGACAUGUAUGCGGCUAUGGAGGAGCAGGGGGAGGCGGUCAAGGUGCUCAAGACGCUCAAGUCGACGUGAGGCUGUGAGUGAUGUCUGCAUAGCAGCGGCGUUUACCAUGUAUUUCGGCGGCGCUUACCAUGUAUUUCGGCGGCGCUUACAAUGUAUUUCGGCGGCGUUCACGAUACAUUUCGGCGGCGUUCACGAUACAUUUCAGCGGCGGUCACGAUACGUUUCGGCGGCGGUCACGAUACGUUUCGGCGGCGCUACAUGGUACAUUUACGUUCAUAUGGUACAUUUUUGCACAGCGUAAAGCUACACGAUCCUACAAGGGGCCGCUGAGCUACACGACCCUACAAGGGGCCGCUGGGCUACACGAUCCUACAAGGGGCCGCUGGGCUACACGACCCUACAAGAGGCCGCUGGGCUACACGACCCUACAGGGGGCCGCUGAGCAGGGCCGGGGAUAUCGAGCUGGGGCCCUUGAACUCGCCGUUCAGCGUGAAGCCGGGCGAAU